AUGGGGCGUCAAUGCCUCUCCGUUUCAUGGGUAUUGCUUAUGUUAGUUUUAGGGUUAUUUGUUGGGAAAACGUCGCAAAAUACGAGGAAUAAAAGACAAAUCCAACCGGAACUACCCAGAAUUCUUACACAGAAUGGACACCUCGUGUUUCAGACGGGGACAAACCACAAUAUAACAUUUAGAGCCACGAACGGGGGUUUUGUCAAUGUCAAUGGGGAUAAUCUUGCAGUCAUCACACAAACAGUCAAGAACAAUAAGUUGGCCAUUGAACAACUUCAGACGGCUCCAACUGCCUCGUCUAGUCUCGAGUCUCGUCUGGCAAACCUCGAGUCUCGUCUGAAUAAUCUCCAACCAACGGGCACAGUCCAGACACAGUUACUUACCCUUGGCCACAGAAUUGAUUUGCUACAGGCAACACUUCCCAACAACAUAGGGUCUCGUCUGUCAAGUGUCGAAGCCAGCUUGUCCAACCUACAGUCAACAGGGCAAGUUGCCUCCCUAAUUACUGCCCUUACAGGCAGAGUCACGACGCUGGAAAACGGGAGUAAUAGUCCUGACCGCACAACUAGACGAACUCUGCGAAGACUUCGGAGACAAGUCCGAGAGCUUCAAACUACAGUAGAAAAUCUUCAGCAGCUUUUGACUACAAAUGAAUGUGCCAGCAAUCCUUGUAGCCAUGGAGGAGUCUGUGUGGACACAUACAACGGGUACUUCUGCAGAUGCCCGGAUGCAUUCCAGGGACCUACUUGUAACGAUGAUGUCAAUGAGUGUGUGGUUUACGCCGGCACAGAUCUUGGUUGUCAGAACGGCGCUACGUGUGUUAACACCUUCGGAGGUUUUACAUGUCAGUGUGCGGCCAAUUAUCAUGGCGUACGUUGUACAGAGACGCAUGAUGAUUGUACAGGGGCAUCCUCGUCAGAAAUGUGCGGUCAUGGCACGUGUGUGAAUUCUGCGCGUACACUAGCUGGACAGCCCAAGUACACAUGUAUAUGUGACGAUGGCUGGACGUCAUCAGGAUCGGACCCUGCGUGUGUUGUGGAUGUCAAUGAAUGUGAUGGGAACCGGCACCCCUGCUCAGCUAACCCUUUGGUUCCCUGCAUUAACCUGCCGGGCUCUUUCACCUGUGGCUCUUGCCCAGCAGGUUACCAAGGAAACGGUUUUACAUGUACUGAUGUGAAUGAAUGUGCAGUGAACAAUGGAGGCUGUUCCACAUCUCCUAUGGUGCAAUGUGUAAACACAGACGGGUCAAGGACAUGUGGUCCCUGUCCUACAGGUUUUCAAGGGAAUGGUGCUACCUGUACGUGGGUGGGAAUGUGUCAGAACAACAAUGGGGGCUGUCAUCCACAGGCUGCGUGUACUGAAAGUCCAGGCUUUGAAGGUCGUGUGUGCACUUGUCCCCCAGGCUAUGUAGGUAACGGGGUUGGGGCCACAGGCUGUGUGUCCCAGGGACCAAUUACGGGCCCGUGUGGGAGCAGCCCCUGUAUGAAUGGUGCUGUCUGCCAGAAUGUAGACUCCAACUCAUACCGAUGUGUAUGUCAGCCAGGUUAUACAGGUCAGAACUGUCAGACAGACGUUGAUGAUUGCGCCUCAUCACCCUGCCAAAAUGGGGGCUCAUGCACAGACCGGCUUAAUGGCUACUUAUGUACAUGCACAGAUUCCAAUACUGGCAGCAACUGUGAAGUCGAGCAAUCAGCAUGUGGUGCCUAUUUGAGUGGAGAGUCUGGCUCGUUCCGGUACCCAGCAGUGGUGGGCACACAGUAUCCACACAGUGUUAGCUGUGCAUGGGUUAUUACAACAACUUAUGGCAAGGUCAUUCAAGCAACUUUCCCCCAGUUCAACAUAGAGGCUCACCCACAGUGUAUCUACGAUCAUCUACAGGUAAAUGAUGGCCCCACUGCAGCCUCAUAUGCGAUUGGUCGAUACUGCGGGUCGACACCCCCUAACAACGGCCAACCAAUCAACUCCACUCAUCACCAGCUGUAUUUCUGGUUCAAAUCGGAUACAAACAUAGCGUCAGAUGGGUUCACCGUGCAGUGGACGUCUCGGGAUCCUAUUUGCGGAGGGAACCUGGAGGGGAGUAACCAUGGGGCCAUCUCCAGUCCUGGCUACCCUGGUAACUACCCACAUGACCGUGACUGUGUGUGGACAGUCAAUGUCUCGCCGGGGAACAGGAUUCUAUUCUCCUUCGCGACCCUCACACUGGAGACACAUCCAAGUUGUGAAUAUGAUUAUCUUGAGAUCCGAGACGGAGGAUUAGACACCAGCCGCCUGCUCAGUCGGUACUGUAACACCACAACCCAACCCCCUCUCACCACCACCGGCCCUACAGCAUGGAUCAAGUUCCAUUCAGAUAGCAGCAAUACUGACCAGGGCUUCCACAUAACUUAUGUAGCACAGGCCUCUGACCCAGGAUGUGGAGGUGUGUUUACAUCGGAGAGCGGUAUUCUGAUUUCCCCGAACUACCCUAACGCAUACAGCCACGAUGCCCAGUGUGUGUGGCUGGUAACAGUAAACUCCCAGGACAGAAUCACUCUCAUGUUCACCAAUAUGGAACUGGAGGGGCAUGUCAACUGCCAGUACGACUAUGUUGAGGUGCGGGAUGGAAGUAAUGAGAAUGGUGCGCUGAUGGGACGUUUCUGUGGGGACUCCAUGCCCGUUCCCAUGACUACCUCUGGCAAUGUUCUGUAUGUCAAGUUUGUGUCAGAUUCCUCUGUAACUAGGGCAGGAUUCAGAGCAACAUGGAAAGUCUACUGUGGAGGGACAUUCACUGCCCCGACAGGCGUUAUACGGUCUCCCUAUCAUCCCCAGAAUUACCCCAGCAACCGAGAAUGCGAGUAUCUGAUUAGCCAACCAGAUGGUAUGAGAGUGACAUUGACCUUUACCACAUUUGACGUGGAGGGAGGCUCUUCUACUGGGUCAUGUGAUUAUGACUAUUUGGAGGUUCGUGACGGAGGUUCUGUGAGUUCGCCGGUGAUUGGCACAUUCUGUGGACCACAGAUUCCAGACCCUAUCACAUCAACAGGCAAUCUGCUGUAUGCAAAAUUCAUCACAGAUGGGUCCAUACAUAAUCUUGGAUUUGAGGCACACUACGUGACCGAGGAAGGAGGCUGUGGUGGAAUGCUUACUGAUGACACUGGAAUGAUUGAAUCUCCCGGACACCCGAAUGUCUACCCUCACGGGGCCAACUGUACAUGGCACAUACAGGUCUCACCUGGGCUAGUUAUUCGACUGACAUUCCACCUAUUUAGUCUGGAGAGUCACUCGAGGUGUCGAUUUGAUGCGGUACUUGUGUACGAUAACAGCUCGGCAGUUAAUAACAGUCUGGUGGGCAGCUACUGCGGUUCGGCCAUGCCCCCAGUGAUAACGUCAACAAACAACGUUUUAACGAUCCAGCUGAUAUCUGAUGCCAGCGUCGCGCACGAGGGAUUUUCUGCUUCGUAUGUUGCCCUGAAUGCAUCCACAUUAUGCGGCCAAGCUUUGACAGACUCGACUGGCAUUAUAACAAGCCCGAACUAUCCCAGCAACUACCCGCACCAACGGGACUGCACCUGGACGAUAGCAGCUCCGGAGGGGAACCAGAUACUGCUCAACUUUACAAUGUUUAGUCUUGAGACUCACCCACGAUGCAACUUUGAUUUUCUGGAGAUAAGGAAUGGGGGGUUUGCAAGCUCCCCCCUGGUAGGUCGAUAUUGUGGAACAACAAUCGACCGAGUGAUUGUCUCCCAUAGUAACAAGAUGUAUGUCCGAUUGGUCACUGAUGGAUCACUGUCUGCUCCAGGAUUCAGGCUUGUAUAUGAUGCGACGGCUACUGGUUGUGGGGCUGAUCUAGUUACGUCCACAGGCAGUUUUGUGUCGCCAAACUAUCCGAUGCCGUACGGUCACAAUGCAGAGUGUAUUUACACGAUCACUACUUCACGAGGGAGUCUCAUACAGCUAUCAUUUGUGGACAUUGAUAUUGAAAAUAAUAGGCAGUGCAGAUAUGAUUAUGUUGAGGUCAGAGAACAAAACUCCAAUGGUCGACUUGUUGGUCUCUUUUGCGGCUCCACAAUUCCCGACCCGGUCACUUCCUCCAGCAAUGCACUCUGGGUCAAGUACAGGACUGACUACUCAGUGUCGGGCAGAGGCUUUCAUAUCUUCUAUGUGAGCGUGUGCUCAAAUACGCUGACAGACUUCAGUGGAGUUAUCGAGAGCCCCAACUUUCCGAACCCCUACCCUCAUAACCUUAACUGCACUUGGGUGAUUGACACAACUAUGGGAAACAUUGUCAACAUCUCAUUCUCACAUUUUGAUAUUGAGUCACAUUCAAACUGCCAGUUUGAUUACUUACAGAUCAAUGAUGGUGACCAACCAACGUCAAGUUCAUUAGCAACGUUAUGUGGAACUGAUCUACCGCAGCCUUUAGCUUCUAGUACGGACAAAGUGUGGAUUAACUUUGUGUCUGACUACUCUGUGGCCAGCAAUGGAUUCAGGCUGGAGUAUUUAACUGAUGGAUGUGGUGCCUACCUGCGUACACCCACUGGAUCUUUCACUAGUCCUAACUAUCCGAAUCCCUACCCUCACCGACGCCAGUGUGAAUGGACCAUUGUUGCCGACACUGGUUCAUAUGUUCAGUUGACCAUUGAGACAUUCGACCUUGAAACUCAUACUGAUUGUCGGUUUGAUGUGUUGGAAAUCUAUGGCGGCCCAGAUGACACUGCUCCAAGACUGGCCCAGCUCUGUCACCAUCAGAACAGUCCUCAGGUCCUGUCUUCAACUGGAAACACCAUGUUUGUGCGCUUCAAGAGUGAUGUCUCCAUUGCUGGGAAUGGAUUUAGUGCCACCUACAAGACUGUUACUGGAGGUUGUGGUGGCAAUUUCACCACACCACGCGGCACAAUUGUGUCCAAGAAUUAUCCCAACAACUACCCUCACAACACUGACUGUGAAUGGCUGGUUACCGUAGAUGAUCGGCACAAUAUCGAGCUAGAGUUUACCGACUUUGAUGUGGAAGGCGGGUCAGUCUGCAGAUUUGAUUAUGUGGCUGUUUAUGAUGGCUCUUCCGUAAAUGCCACAGAGUUGAUGAAAUACUGCGGUAACUCACUCCCCAAUCCUGCCAAAUACAGAUCCCUCAGUAACCAGCUCUAUAUCCGCAUGAGGACCGACGCAAGUCUCAGUUAUCGAGGAUUCAGGGCAAACUAUACCACAGGUUGUGGUGGCAUUAUAACUGAGAAUGCCGAUGGAGAGUUGGAAGGCGACAUAAUUUCACCAAACUAUCCAGGGAAUUACCCCCGACAGAGUAACUGCUCUUGGCUCAUCCAGUCUGCACAUGCCAUCGACAGAAUCACCUUGACCUUCACCCACAUGGACCUUGAGCUCUCCAAUGACUGUACAAAGGAUUAUGUCCUCGUUCAAGAUGGGGUAGAUGAACAAGCCCCUGUGAUUGGUCAAUACUGUGGCGAACAUUCCCCAACUCCUGUCACAUCCCAGGGGUCGGCACUCUAUGUAACAUUUGUGUCUGAUAGUGUGCGUUCAGGGUCAGGAUUUAGGGCAACUUAUUCAAAAGCUACGUCAGCAUGUGGGGGUGAUUUCACAUCCCGUAGUGGUGCGUUCACCAGCCCAGGCUAUCCUAACAGCUAUCCAAUUAACACUGAGUGUGUAUGGACCGUUUCUGUCUCUCCUGGAAAUAAAGUCCAAUUGUCAUUUAGUGUAUUUGACCUUGAGACCCAUGACAACUGUAACUAUGACUACAUAGAACUACAUGAGGGUGAGUUAGGAGGCCCACUACUCGGAAGAUUUUGUGGUAAUGACAUACCAUCCAACCUGACAGCGUACAACGGAGUGUGGAUGAAGUUCCGCUCGGAUGAUUCCUCGACUGGGAGAGGAUUUGUGGCCCAGUAUGCAGCAGAUUAUGGUGGAGAUGUAAUAGGCAGUGUAGGCCAAAUAUCUUCUCCCCGCUACCCGUACCAAUACCCACACAAUACCGAUGUUGUAUGGAUAAUCACUGUGCCCAUAAAUAUGAGGGUCAAGGUCACUUUUACUACAAUGGACAUGGAGAGCAGCUUCAAUGGAUGUGUGUUUGAUUUCCUCAAGAUUCGAGACGGCAGUACGAGUGACAGCCCUAUCAUCGGCAGCUACUGUGGAACUACAGUACCUGACAUGUUGAUUUCAACAACCAAUCAGCUGCAUGUGGAGUUCCAUUCUGAUUGGUCGAGCACUGGCCAGGGUUUUCUGUUUGGAUGGGAGGCUACAUCGGAUCAACCAAUCACAACGCUUGCUCCUACUGCUUCUACCACUCCAGUUCCAGGUUGCGGUGGUAUCCUCAAUGUAACUGACAGUGUACAAACCUUCACUUCCCCUGGGUAUCCUACUGGUUACCAGUCUCUGUUAGACUGUGUAUGGACGUUAAAUACAAGGCUGGGUACCAAGGUGUGGUUAAACAUCACUGAUAUUGACAUCGAGACCCAUGGUUCUUGCAUCUACGAUGUAGUCAAAGUAUACAGUAACAAUUAUUAUAACCGACCAUAUGGUGCAAUCCUGGGGACAUUUUGUGGCAGGGUUGGUAAUGCCCAGCCCCUCAUUUCAAGAGCCAACGGGAUGACCGUGAAAUUCACAUCUGAUGUUUCCGUCAACGGAACUGGCUUCAUUAUUCAGUACAAAGCUGUGUGUGGAGGCCAAAUUCGAGCCAAUAGUGGGGCAGUUUCUUCCCCGAGUUUCCCUAACAACUAUCCAGCCAAUAGCAAUUGUACUUGGAGCAUUGUUGUUCCUCCUGGGCGAACAGUCAGCGCAACCUUCGACCCCAACUUUAACAUUCAAGGGUCACAGGGGUCAUGUAGGGGAGAUUAUGUACAGCUACUGAACGGUCAAUACCCGAGCUCUCCACCUCUUGGCAAUACAGACGGCAAAUACUGCGGAAAUAGUGGGCCACAAGCCUUAGAAACAGGCAGCAAUUAUCUCACUGUUCAGUUUGUAUCAGAUGGAGCUGUAAGUGGAUCCGGGUUCUCGUUGACUUUCUCGGAGGUUCACGUUACGUGUGGCGGACAACUUGCCCUCACAGCAGAUAAUCCCACUGGGACAUUCACCUCGCCAAAUUAUCCCCAGAAUUAUCCACAUAAUGUGGACUGCAUAUGGGUUAUCACUGUGCCGGCUAAUGAGAGGAUCCAGGUGGACUUUAUCGAGGAUUUCAGUAUUGAAAUUCACAGCAAUUGCAACUAUGAUUUCAUCGAGUUACGAGAUGGAGGCACAAUCAACUCAGAGUCACUUGGUCGAUUAUGCGGUUAUUCUCAUCCAAACACAGUUGUUACGACAGGCAAUGUUCUUUACGCCAGAUUCCGAACAGAUGCUAGCGUACCUAGGAUGGGAUUUAAGGCCCAGUAUAAGAUAGCUACCUGUGGCGGGCGUUUAUCGGGUCAGUCCGGCUUGAUAACCAGUCCAAACUAUCCAUCAAACUACGACAACAACCUGGAAUGCCUGUGGACUGUUCAAGGACCUGUCGGACAUUUCCUGACGUUCACUUUCUCUGCAAUGAAUCUGCCUCGGUCAGCAAACUGUAGUGCUGAGGAUUAUAUUGAGAUAAGGGAAAUAAACGCAACCGGACCAGUGCUACUGCAGGCUUGUGGCAACCAGAUCCCACAACCAGUUAUGACAUCAGAUAACUUGGCCUAUGUCAAGUUUGUGUCGGAUGGUAUCAGACAACUCACUGGUUUCAGUGUUAACUUCGAAGCUAGUGUUGAUGAAUGUGGUGGAGACCUUAUAUUACCCUCAGGUUCUUUCCAGUCACCGAAUUUCCCCGGAAAUUACCCACAUCGUCGAACAUGUGAAUGGAGAAUUCGGGUUCCAGAAGGAAGGAGGAUUACACUGCGAUUCGAUCCUUUCAGUAUUGAGAAUCACAGAUACUGCAGAUAUGAUUAUGUGGCAAUUUACAAUGGAGUGUUCCCAGACUCCCCACAGAUCGCUAAAUAUUGUGGAACCGCACCCCCUGCGCAGAUUCAGACAUCGGGAAAUACUGCACGUGUUUUGUUCCGCACAGAUGGUUCUGUUACCAAUGGAGGCUUCCGAGCAUUCUGGAGCUCUGAUGAACCAUUAGAAUGUGGAGGGAUGAUAAUAUCAGCUCCUGGCAACCUGACGUCACCUGGAUACAAUGGAACAAACAACUACACAAACAACCUAGAAUGUAUAUGGACGUUACAGAACCAGGAGAGUGUGAGAAAUACCUCGAUUUUGAUACGGAUUGUAAGCAUCAAACUCGAGAGUCAUUCCACAUGUAGAUAUGACUUAUUGGAGGCCAGAGAAGGAUUUUCCCAAGAUGGAGUGCUCCUUGAUCAAUAUUGUGGAAACAACACCAGGCAUCCACCGAUUAUAACACCGAUGCCCAGUGUAUGGAUCAGAUUUAAAACUGAUGCAUCGAAGGUUGACACAGGCUUCUUUUUGCAGUACAACUUUACAGGCUGUGGUGGGAUACUGACAGACCCUUCAGGAAUCAUAACCAGCCCGAACUACCCAUUGGAUUAUGACCACAAUGACGCCUGUGCCUGGCAAAUCAAUGCACCUGACGGUUAUAGGAUUAUAGUGAAUUUCACUGAUUUUGCCAUGGAACAGCAUUCUGUGUGUCGCUAUGACUUCCUAGAACUGUUUAAUGGCCCCUACGCAUCAUCACCUUCAAUCGGGAAAUUCUGUGGAUCAACCCCACCCAUUGGGUUCCAGUCUCAAUCCAACUCGAUAAGAAUUGUGUUUUACACAGAUAGCAGUUUGUCGGCACGAGGGUUUAGGAUGACGUACUACUUCAGUAGUGAAGGCUGCGGAGGACUCUACCAUUCAAGAACAGGUAGUUUAACAACUCCAAACUAUCCCUCUAGCUAUCCACACAACACAGAAUGCACCUGGGAUAUCAAUGUGGAUUUGGGAUUUACAGUGACCUUGACCUUUAACCCACCCUUCGACAUGGAACAUCAAGGGACAUGUGAUUUUGACUAUGUUGAGGCUAGCAAUGACCCAGGAAAUGGCACGCUGGCUCCACUAGGUCGCUGGUGCGGAAACAUUCUCCCCCCGCCUCAGAUGUCAACCAGUAACCGGCUUGUGGUUGGUUUCCGAUCUGACCCUUCCACCAAUGGGAAUGGAUUCUCUGCAUCAUGGAGUUCAAAUUGUGGUGGCAUACUGACAUCAGCCAACAGCAUUCUGGUAUCCCCUGGUUACCCUGGUUUAUAUGAGAACAAUAUGCGAUGUAACUACACAUUGGAUAUGGACCCGCAACAUUACACCGUCGUUUACUUUGACUCUAACAACUUUGACAUUGAGGCUGGAGGAGGUUGUAGAUAUGACUUUGUAGCAAUCUAUGAAGGAAAUAGCUCUGAUGGGCGUUUACUGGGCAAAUUCUGUGGUAGUACUGCCCCUCAGCCAAUCAGCGGCCUUGGACCUCUGUUUGUUCAAUUCUGGACUGAUGGCUCUGUCUUGCGGAGGGGAUUUAGAGCACAUUAUAGGUCAAGUUUUUGCGGAGGUGUGUACACAUCCCCUAAUGGAUACAUACGUUUACCUACCACUGCCUCUACUAACUAUCACAACAACCAGAACUGUACGUGGAGAAUCACUGUAGAGGAGGGAAAAGUUGUAGAGUUCAAGUUUUAUCACUUGGAACUGGAAGCCCAUUCUUCAUGUCAAUAUGAUUAUGUUGAUUUUUAUGACGGCCCCUCUCUCAGCUCACCUCUGAUUGGUCGAUACUGUGGUGAUGUCAUACCCGUCGAACAAAUAAGAACAUCAUCAAACUCAAUGACUAUCAACUUUAUAACUGACGCUUCGUUAACUAUGAAAGGCUUUAGUGGCACAUACCGAACUAGUUAUGGCCCACAGCAUGGCUGUGGUGGAAUACUCAACGCUACUAGCGGAGAAUUUCACUCCAUUGACGCCACAAAUUCUGGGCAGUAUGAAAACGGGCUUGAUUGUCGUUGGGUUAUCAUGGGAGCUGAUAACAAGGUCAUACGGCUGAACAUUGAGCCUGGAUUCUGGCUUGAGCCCCAUCUAACAUGCCGAUUUGAUUUCUUGAAGAUCUAUGAUGGUAUGACGAUGGACGACCCUCUGGUUGGUACAUACUGCGGUACAGAAUUUCCAGCGGAAGUCAUCUCCACCUCGAACGUGAUGCUUGUUCAAUUCUACACUGAUUUCUCCGUUGUGGGACCUGGGUUUAAUGCCACAUACACACAGCAGGAUGCUUUAUGUGGAGGAGCAUUUUCAUCGUCAUCAACUCCAGCUAGGAUUACCUCCCCUGGUUAUCCAAACGCUUUCCGCCAGGAUGUGCGAUGCCGCUGGACCGUCGAUGCACCUUCUGAUACAGACCAUGUGACAAUUACCGUGGCCAACCUAAAUCUUAUGGCCACUAACACUUGUAUGGCGGAAUAUCUGGAGCUGAGAGAUUACCCACUGGGUGUACGAGGCAGGGUUGUCCAUUUCUGUGGAAGCACAACACCCCCUGUAUUUGAGUCUUAUGGCAGGACUAUGCAGAUCAACUAUGCAAUAACAAGCAGCAGCCGCAGUACAGGAUUCUCCUUGACUUAUCAGACUACUAGUUGCAAUAGGACCUAUUCAGGCACAUCAGGCCAGAUAUUUAGUCCAGGAUGGCCCGGAGCCUACCCACAGAAUGUAAACUGUAGAUUCAACUUGCAAACUCCUCCUGGGACGACCAUCUCUCUGUACUUCAACUCUUUUAAAGUGGAACAACAUACUAGCUGCAAUUUUGAUUAUCUAGAGAUCUUGAAUAGAACAAGCCCUGGGGUGACGCAAAUCAGGAAGUUGUGUGGAUGGGUUCUACCAGAGCCUGUGUUUGCGGCUACGAACAACCUGGUUUUCAACUUUGUAACUGACUCUUCAGUAACCCACCCUGGUUAUGACAUCACAUAUACAGCAUCUACUCAAGGGUUGGGAUGUGGUGGCACGUUCACUGGUAUCAAUGGAAGCUUAACAAGCCCCGGUUACCCUGGCAACUACACGCAGGCCAGCACGUGCACAUGGUCAAUACAGGUGCCCAACAGACGUGUAGUCACACUCACAUUCACUGAUAUGCGAAUGUUUGAUCCAGUCAACUGCGCUACAGAUUAUGUGAUUGUUUAUGAUCAGGAGAACCAGUUUGGUCGAUUCUGUGGUGAUGAAGUGCCUGCUGCUUUGACCACCAGUAGUAACCAGGCGUCCAUCAAGUUUGUCUCUGAUGGGCAGGGCUCUUCUAUCGGCUUCAGGGCAACUUUCACUAGCUAGAUGCCCAUCAUAUUCAGUGUUCAGAGACUGAUUAACCGUCACACAUGUAUCAGACAUUCUAGUCAUUCAGGAAAACCUACAUUGAAAGUUGAGUUAAAAGAACAGAAGAAGAAAUACACAUGUGUAAUUCUUGUUAUAUUUCUUCAUGUACGUAGAAACCUUGACCAACAUGAUGCUUGUCCUAGAGCAUAUGUAUUUUGGGGAACAACAUAUUGUAUGAGAUAUACUUUUGUACGAGACAUAUCCAUGUGGUACUGAAGAAAAGGGACAGCUUAGGAUAUUUUUCAUCAGAGUACAUACAAAAGAAACUUUAAUGUAAAUGUUACAUUCCAUUUAAAUGAAUAGCUUCUUUGUGCUUAUAAUAAUAAUUUAAGAAUGUGUUUCUCUAGUUAUACCAUACAUUUUAAUUAUAUGUGAGUUUGUAUUAUAAAAUGUUAGUAAAUUUAUGUUUCUCAGUUUUUAUAGUAUUACUAUGUGCAAUAUUUAAACUUACAUUCCAACGUAAAUUUAC